UGCUUGGCAUGAUAAUGUUGCCAGUUGGGACUCUAGCUCUUAAAACUCCUUGGUUGUACCGCACGAAAAUACAAUUUCAUUGAUUGGCUAUGUGCCGCGUCCUGAUCAACUCGGUUACGUACUCGUGGAGUUACGUUGUUCACACAAACUGCUCCUUUCAAACGCUACAAAUCUAGGAGUUUGAUAGUUGAAUCAUACUGUACAAAUUAAUCAUGCCUUCGUCCAUUUCGUGGAGUUCUUGCCUGGGUUUCUUUCGAAGCAAUCGAGCUUUUUCGACCGCUCUUGUAAUCACUGUGCUCAUCGCUGACGAAACUUUUUUGUCUGCUGUUGUACCAGUGUCUCCUGAAGUUCUACUCCAUCUUUGUUACCGGAAUGUGUACCGUUCUAUGUGUCUGGAGCUCUCACAUCAGACGGGACUAUUCAACAUGUCGGAAUGUUUGACGGGGCAGACCGAGUCUUAUCACAGUUUAAGGGAUGUCACACCCUCUAAUACAACCAGCUCCACUCCAGAUCCCCUCUUAGCUCCCCUACACGACUGUCAUGAGAGGCUUAGUUUCCAAAAUGGGUUGCUCCUGGCAACAACGUUCUUGAUGAGGAUCUUGCUGACUGUUCCUACAAUCUUUCUUGUCGAUAAAGUUGGACUGUUUUCAAUGUUUUUCUUCGGUACACUCUUGACUCUGAUCGCCUGCUUGAUGAUGGGCUUUGCUGACUCGAUCUUGGUACUUUUUCUAUCGCGAGCACUCCAGGGCAUCGGUACGACUGCAGUAGAAAUCGCAGGAGUUUCUUAUUUGGCCGUAAGAUACCAAGAUGACGAGAUGAAGAAAGGAUUUGUUCUUGGUUUGGUGGUCAGCGGCUAUGCUUUAGGAACACUUAUCGGUCCAACUUUAGGUUCUGUCCUGUAUGGACUAGUAGGUCAGUCUGCUCCAUUCCUGGUCAUCUCUGCUGUAUUAAUUGCGUCUGUGGUUUUCAUUCCAGUUUUCAUGCCUGUGGACGUACGACCUCCUUUAACAGAGGAGGGGUCAUCCUCUCUUGCCUUAAUAAAGGAUCCUUACACCAUACUGGUCUCGGUUCUCGCUUUGAUGACCUCGAUGGGCAUGGCCUACGCUAGUGCAACCCUUCCAAUCUGGCUUCGAUCAACUUUCCACACACCAGAAUGGCAAAUAGGUCUGAUUUUCAUUCCAGCCAGUAUCGCGCACGUCAUAUCAGGACCUCUUAUCGGAUACUGGAAUAAAAUAUUAAAAAGGUAG